CGGAAGUAGUACCUACCUUCCUUCAAAUCAAUAUGGCGGCUCCCAUAACAGCAUGUUUAUGUUUCUCGCGAUCUGCAAACAGGACUGUACUGUCACGACAAAUAUUAUCUAGACUAAACUGCGAUACAUUUUUAAUUCGCCAUUUAGGCAGUGGCAAAAAGCUUCUGGCCAAGCACUCGGAUAAUUCACAGGGUGAUCAGCCUGCUGACAUCCCAGUCGAUAAACUUAAAAUAACUUACAGUCGGAGCAGCGGACCAGGAGGUCAACACGUAAACAAAGUCAAUACAAAAGCAGAGGUUCGGUUUCAUGUUCAGACAGCAGAAUGGAUUCCUGAGGAGGUGAGAAAGGAGAUCCUCUUAAAGAAUAAAACUCGGAUAAAUAAAGCUGGUGAGUUAAUUGUAACUUCAGAGGUUAGCAGAAGCCAACAGAGGAACCUGGAUGACUGUGUACAGAAAAUCUCUGAGAUCGUUAGUGAAGCCAGUCAGCAACCACCAGAGCCAUCAGCGGAGGAUCUCGCGCUGAGGGCUAAAAGGUUAGAGAAAAGAAAUUUAGCAAGGCUCAAACAGAAAAAGAUCCAUUCUUCAACGAAGCAAGCACGACAGGUUAAUUUUGACUGAAUUGCAGCUGUGAAUAUAUUUUAUUUUUUGAAUAUAUUGUAAAUAUUAUACCUGUUUUUUUUUUAUUGUGAAUACUGUAUGUCUUUUUGAAUGAACUGAUAGAAGAAUAUUCUCCUUUUCCUAUACAUAUUUAAACCCCAAAGUGAUAAUAUCUAUGUAUUAUGUAACUGUUUGCGUUAUAGUAAAUAAAUUUAAUUGUGAAAACUA